AUGUCCGACGACGACGAGUACUACGAAUUCGAGGAUGAUUACAUGUACGAGGAUUUAGUCCCAGACAUGGUCGACGAUCUUGCCGCUUCCUCACACUACGAAGCCGCCCUAUACGAAGACCCUGGCUUUGACGUCGAAGACUAUUUCAGCGACUGGGACUAUUAUUCAGAUGAUUACCACGACGAUGACGCAACCGUCGAUCAAAGCGCAGAGAGAAAGAAAAGAACCGAGAUCGCAGCCACAGCACCACGACGAACAAAGGCAUCUGCCCGUCCAAAAAGCCACAUCACCCGAAUCCCACCGACGAAAUCACCCCUGGUGCCGGAUACCGCCUCUUUCCAGGGCGUGGUGUGGAAAACACCCGCACUGGACCGGGACCAGGACGUCGCCAUUUUGUACGAGCCGGACACGGGCGAGAAAGUCGCGCUUCUAGAGAACUGGCGGGAAGUCUUCAAAUCUGCCCAGCCGGCGCUGGAUAAAUCGCGCCUGAAAAAGCGAAACGUGAUCGAAUCCAAGCCUGUCGAUCUGUCGCUGGCUGAUGAUGAAAUGCCCGCUGGUGACGGCACAGACGAGCACGAUAGUGAGGAUGAGAUGUCUGAUGUUAUCUCGUCGGAUACUUCGGCCGUUGAUGCUGGGGAUGCUUCGAAUACAACUCCAGACCCGGAUCCAGACUCUUUCCGCUCGAUGAAACUAUCUUCCCCGCCGAAGGUCGUGAUUCCGUUGAAGAGAGGGCGGAAGCGGAAGGCCGUUGUGCAGAAGGAUGACACCGACGAGGACACGUCCUCGCCUCGUCCAAAGAGGGUUGCGUUGCCCAAAGGCGGUGGUGAUAAGGCUACGAAGCGUGGUGCGGCACCGCCGGUGCGUAGGUCUGCUAGACAGAAGAAGUAG